CUUACCUAUUCUCAUAAACGCGAUUUUACAUGUACUAUAGUUUUGGUUGUAUCGAUAUCGCUCCUAAAAUAAUGUUUAAUGGCUAAAUUGUAGCAGCAGCCGCCGAAUUGAACGCCAAAGUGUCUCCAGACUUUCGAGUGAUCAAGAGAGAAACGGGCUACAUGUUUCCGUUUCUCUGAGGAAACCUGAAACCGUCGCUAUUUAAAACGAAAUGCCAGAAUAAACAAAGUUUGGUAACGCCAUUCUUCCAUUCAGGUCAGCCACACAUCUAUGAACUCACCUUCAUCUCAGACUGUAAUGAAUUCUAUGGUUGGACAUCCAUCUGUUAUCAGCACAUCUAUGAAUGCCUCAAGGCCUCUUGCUUCUCCGGUGAACACACUAGGAUCACCUAUCAAUGGUUUAACUUCUCCUUAUUCAGUUAUAACAUCUUCGCUUGGAUCACCAUCUGUCUCAUUGCCCUCCACGCCUGGCAUUAACUUUGGUGUAUUAAACAGCCCACAGAUGAGUUCAUUGAACAAUGUGAGCAGCACAGAAGACAUUAAACCCCCUCCUGGACUUGUAGGACUUGGAAACAUCAGUAGUUAUCAUUCAACAAGCCCGGGCUCUCUAUCUAAACACAUAUGUGCAAUCUGUGGAGAUCGAUCUUCAGGAAAACAUUAUGGUGUCUAUAGCUGUGAAGGAUGUAAAGGAUUUUUUAAAAGAACAAUCAGGAAAGACCUUACCUAUACAUGUCGGGACACAAAGGAAUGCAUGAUUGAUAAGCGUCAGCGGAAUCGUUGUCAGUACUGUCGCUAUCAGAAAUGUCUGGCGAUGGGCAUGAAAAGGGAAGCUGUUCAAGAAGAAAGGCAAAGAGGCAGAGAAAAAAGUGAUAAUGAGGUGGAAUCAACAAGUAGCUACAGUGAAGAAAUGCCCGUGGAAAAAAUCUUAGAUGCAGAACUGGCUGUUGAACCAAAGACAGAAACCUAUGUGGAUGCAGGGCCAGGAAAUUCAUCUGAUCCAGUUACCAAUAUCUGUCAGGCAGCAGAUAAACAGCUCUUUACACUUGUGGAGUGGGCUAAGAGAAUCCCUCACUUUUCAGAAUUACCCAUUGAUGAUCAAGUAAUUCUUUUGCGAGCAGGUUGGAAUGAACUGCUAAUAGCUUCAUUUUCUCAUCGCUCUGUUUCUGUAAAAGAUGGUAUUCUACUUGCAACAGGCCUGCAUGUCCAUCGAAACAGUGCUCACAGUGCUGGAGUUGGAUCUAUCUUUGAUCGUGUUCUUACAGAAUUGGUAUCUAAAAUGAAGGAUAUGCAAAUGGAUAAAACAGAGCUGGGAUGUCUACGGGCCAUUGUCCUUUUUAACCCAGAUGCCAAGGGUCUUUCAAAUCCACCAGAGGUUGAAGGUCUCAGGGAAAAGGUCUAUGCAUCACUAGAGGCUUACACUAAGCAGAAAUACCCAGAACAGCCAGGAAGAUUUGCCAAACUUCUCUUGCGACUUCCAGCACUACGAUCCAUUGGUCUGAAGUGUUUAGAGCAUCUCUUUUUCUUCAAGUUGAUAGGUGACACACCAAUAGAUACUUUCUUAAUGGAAAUGUUGGAAGCACCACACCAAGUAACAUGACAUGAAAUUAAAACUACUUGUACAUAAUCUUGAUGUGUUUGUAAUUAAAAAGAUCAUUUCUUUUUAAGUUGUAAACUGCUUAUUUUAUAUUUUAUGUAAACACAUUUUGGUGUGUGAAAGAGUACACAUUUAAAAGCAAGUCUCCUAGAAGGAAGCAACUGUUUUGUAAAUAGGUAAAACUAAUUAUGAUAACUGAUUUAAUAGCUGUCUUACAAUAUAAAAUAUAAUUUUAUUCAAUAAAUUGUAUAAACCUUGAUCAGA